AUGGAGCCGAUAAAGUCGGUCGGUCUCGACGAAGACCAAUACCGCAAUGAGGUUCUUCUUCUUCCAACAGAGGAUUCAGAGACCUCUCGGGAUCAACAGCUGGCCGAUGAAGCGCAUGAGCUGGGAUUGAAAGUGCCGGAAAUCGAAGUGACCGCAUCGCUGGCCGCAUCGAUCGCUUCGGGAAUGAUCGAUCUUUCUUCGCCUGUCCUAUCGUCUGGCUCAUCGACCGACCGCAACUCGAUAUGUGAGGUCGCACCACCCCACGACACUCCUGCACUCGACCAGGUCGCUUCGUCGCUGUCGGAACUCACUGUAUCCUCCGAUACCCCCAAAUGCGGGAGUACCCGGUCCAUCGCCUCGCUCUCCACGCGUCCCACGUCGUACAGCUCGAGUGAAGGAAUAGUGGCUCACAGUCUGAAUGGGAUCUUCGCGCGUCCAUCCAGCCACCGGAGCUCGUUGUUGAGCAUCUCGUCGUCCGACAAGAAGGAGAAACGGAGAUCAAGCCUGAAAUCCGCUAUCGGAAAGAUCCACUUCAGAAAGAGGAGGACGCCGUCUACAGUUCUGCUGCCACCCGCGGCUGAGAUCAUUGUCGCGAAGGAUGAAGGAGGGGUGGAGAGGGUAUAUGUGGAGGCCCAACCGAGCGAGUCACUUAAUUCUAGCGCGGCCGAGGAAGAAGAAGCUCUGAAGCUCGAAAUACCCUUUUACCACAAGGAAUCGCUCGACAGGAGUCUGGAAAAUACGGAGUUGGCCCAGUUACGUGAUUCCCACACGUUAGAGAGAGACCGCCACCUUGCAUUUCAAGACGCAUUUUUGAUCCGACUCCGCCGCAAGCAACAAGCUCUUGUUGUUGACAGACUAUCGGAGAACAAGGCCGCGGAGGAGCAGAAACGGGAGAAGAACGCAGCAGAUGCGGCGCGCAUGGAGGAACGACAGCUUGCCGUGGAGAUCGACCAACUGCGCGAGUUCGAAAAAGAGAAGCAAAAUUCCCGCACACGAAUCAAAUACAUGGAGGGCUACUUCAGCAAUGCCCAUCCUCCACCAACAUCCGACUCCGAGUCGGUAUCUGACACCGACAGAACCCCCCCUGCGCGCACAUAUACCAGUCAGCAAAAGGCCCAGCUCGUGCAGGAAUAUCAUGACCACGAAGGCAUGGACCGGCUUCACACGGCCAAAAUCAAGGUCCUGCGGGACCGACAGGAGCUCAGACUCCAAGUAGCCGUCGCGCGCAUGGAAAGGGAGCUUGACGCGUUGAUUGACAAGCAUGCGCUUGAAUUUGCCGAGCUCCAAAGACAGCAUCAGCAGGAGGAGUCGCUGGCACUGCAUACCCUCGACGCAAAGAAGGCCAAAUUGCGGCGUCGCUGGAACCUGGAGGAAGCGGUUCUGCGCACAAAACUCGAACUCCAGCACGGACAGCCUUACGGCCCCUUGCCUCCACUGUCCUUUUCCAAUCCGACUUACGAGACGCGGGAUUCUGCCAUCUGCGUCUCAGAGACCACCGCCAGUAUAGGCGGCGACGAACAGACGCAUCCGAAGGAAAGUGGACUGGUGCAUUGA